AGGGAGAGGAGCAAUAAUAUACAGCAAGGAGAAGCAGGCAAGUAAAGGAGCAAAGUGGAGGACACAAGAGCGACGUGAGGAGUUUGCCAAAGCGUCUGAAACCACUGAAAACUCUGCAAGCAACAAGCGGUGUGAUGGCUGCCAACAGAAAUGUCCUAAUGAUGGUCAUUUGCCUGCUUCUCCUCACUGGUUCCAUAUCCCAGGCUACAACAAAUCGAGGACCAGGGACCAAUCGAACAGGUGCCCUCAGACCGCGUGUCUCUCACGGCCUCGAGAUUCCUCCAGAUGAAUAUUACGACACAGAGGAUGACGUUACCACCAUCGCAUCCAAGACGGUGUUUUCAAACGUCGCAACUUUGAAGAGAUGUGACUACAACCCCUGUAAGGAGAACGAGCCCCCCUGUGCUGAACUGUCAGCCACCAAUAACUGCUUGUGCCCUGGCUCCACAUCCCACCUUGAGGCACCUCGGCCUCCAUUCCUAAAAACAGUGACCUUAAGUGGCUCUGAGGUAGUACUCCAAUGGUGCGCUCCUCACUCCUUCGUGAAAGCCUACAAGGUGACGGUCGGCGGGACGGAGAGGCAAACGUUCGAGAGUGAGAGACGCAGCGGCGGCGUGGGGCCCAUCGAGAAUGUUUCCGAAGUCUGCCUUGUGGCAACGAAUGACGUCGGAGACAGCGAAGGCUCGUGUAUGAUGUACCGACCUGGUGACAGUAGUCUGCCUAUCAAAGCUGCCUUGAUAGGAGGCGCUCUGAGUCUCUUGCUACUCCUCUUGCUGGCCAUCCUGCUAUGGAGGCGUCGGCGGCAAAGGAGGGUGCAGACCAACAGUAGAUUUUCUUCAUAAAAACAGCUUUUUUCCUGGUCACAUUAGCCUAAGACUGAACAAUAUCACACACUAUUAAAUGGUUGGAUAACGUGUACAUGGGCCCCAAUGACACCAAUUUUUAGAUGUUUUUAUUGUGGUUUUGUUCAUUCAAUUGUAGCGUAGCACUACAAUAUAUUCUACUGAGAUGUGUUUCUAUUUGACCAUCAUUGAUGCUAAAUAAGAUUUAUUUUUUUAAUGGGAAUCUCAUUAGAUUGUGAAUGUGUUGCUCAUAGAGUGUCUGGUGAGUGUUUCUUACAGUGCAAACUGUGAGAGUGAAACUAUUCUGAAUGUGUGGGAGUGAGGUAUAGGUGCUUUUUCCUCAGCCAAGUUUUCUGAGAAAAAUUGUUCCCUGAUGACGCUUUUUUUUUUUUUUUUAAAUAAAGCGAUAAACAGCAAACGGGAGAAUUCUUUAACAAUUUAGACAUAACCCAGCGCUGUGCAUGUUACUGCGUGUAGUGUUUAGAUCUCCAGACAACACGAACAAUGUAAACAACGGACUUGCUCAGAAGGGUUGCUUGUACAGAAUAAACUCAUCUGUACGGUGAUGAUGUUGCUCUUACUUGUGAUGACAUGCAUGCAAAAGGUAAAACAAAAACAUUUACUGAAAUGUCUGAGGUUUGCACUAAUUGAAGUGACAAUAUACUAUAACCUAUUGUACGAUAAAUGACAUUGUUGUAUUUAUAUUAAUGUUACGUGGUCUUAAAAGGACACAGGGUAAAUAUUGUGAAUGGUAGUUGUUAUUUUUUUCUAUCAGAAAAUUCACACCGAACAAGGCUUAAUCCUGUAAGCAUUUAAACAGUUCAGAUGAUUAAACACUAUUCCUGCUCAGUCCGUGUCUCGUUACUUAACUGCUUUAAAAUUGUUGUGUUGCUCCAUCCGUCAUUUUGUCAGAAAUAUGAGCUCAAGUCUUCACAGUUGUUUUUGCAGCUGUGGCAAAACUU